AUAUCAGCAGAGGCGAGGAUCGAUCGAUCUUGGGCGCGAUGGCGGAGGCGCCGCUGCUGCCGCGGAAGGAUCAGGGGGAUGCUGCCGGGGAGGAGAAGGGGUACUGGAGGAGCGAGACCGGGAAGCUGGCGUACCUGGCGCUGCCCAUGGUGGCGGUGAGCCUGUCGCAGUACGCCGUGCAGGUCUCCUCCAACAUGAUGGUCGGCCACCUCCCGGGCGUCCUCCCGCUCUCCUCCGCCGCCAUCGCCACCUCCCUCGCAUCCGUCUCCGGCUUCAGCCUCCUCAUCGGCAUGGCAAGUGCACUGGAGACUCUCUGUGGCCAAGCCUACGGUGCAAAGCAAUACCACAAUCUCGGGCUGCACACCUACAGAGCCAUCGUCACCCUCCUGGUGGUGUGCGUCCCUUUGUCACUGCUAUGGGUGUUCAUGGGCAAAAUCCUGGUCCUGAUCGGUCAGGACCCCCUGAUCGCGCACGGAGCAGGGAGAUACAUCGUCUGGCUGAUCCCAGGACUGUUCGCGAAUGCGCUGAUCCAGCCGAUCACCAAAUUCCUGCAGUCUCAGAGCUUGAUUGUGCCACUGCUCCUGUCUUCCGUGGCGACGCUGGCGUUGCAUGUACCACUGUGCUGGGUGCUGGUGUUCAGGACCGGAAUGGGGUACACCGGCGCCGCUCUGGCGAUCAGCGUGUCCUACUGGAUCAAUGUGGCCAUGCUCGUAGCAUACAUCGUGAUGUCGAGCUCCUGCAGGGAGACGCGCACGCCGCCGACGAUCAAGGCCUUCAGAGGAGUGGGUGUGUUCCUGCGCUUAGCUCUGCCCUCUGCACUGAUGAUGUGUCUUGAGUGGUGGUCAUUUGAGCUCCUUAUUCUCAUGUCGGGGCUUCUACCCAACCCAGAGCUUCAGACCUCAGUUCUAUCAAUUUGCCUCACGAGUAUAACAUUACUAUUCACUAUACCCUUUGGGCUUGGAGCGGGUGGAAGCACGCGAGUAGCAAACGAACUGGGUGCUGCAAACCCUGAAGGAGCUCGAUCGGCAGUCCGUGUGGUGAUGUCGAUAGCAGUGACAGAGGCGGUGAUCGUCAGUGGAACUCUUUUGCUGUCCCGGUGCCUCUUGGGCCAUGCUUACAGCAGCGAGGACCAGGUCGUAUCCGCCGUUGCGGCGAUGGUUCCUCUAGUCUGCAUCACUGUGGUUACGGAUGGUCUCCAAGGAGUUCUCUCAGGUAUUGCUCGAGGAUGUGGGUGGCAGCACGUGGGCGCUUACAUCAACCUCGGCUCGUUCUACUUGCUUGGGAUCCCGAUGGCGAUGCUCCUCGGUUUUGUUCUGAAAAUGGGAGCAAAAGGGCUCUGGAUAGGUAUCAUAUGUGGGUCGAUCUCACAGAGCACGCUUCUCUCCGCCGUCACGUUUUUCACCGACUGGCAAAAGAUGGCUGACAAAGCUAGGGAGAGGUCGCUAAGUGAGAAGGUAACGGAGUCCGAGUCGAGAUAUCUACUAGAGUAGUAGUUACACUGCAAUUUUGUGCAUCUCAUCGCUGUCGGGACUCGGGAAGUGAUCAUGUAGAUUGUAGAGGAAGAGGACACCGUGAACCACUGCUUUCCUCCAUCUUUACAUCUAUGGAGUCCGCAGCGGAAUGGCACGGGAUGAUCUUUCCUGAAUCCCCUGGUCCUCAUUUCCACUUAGUUUUUGCUCGACAGGGUACAUGAUGGGCAGCUCGAGACUUCGCCUCCACGUUUUGUGUGCAUGUGUUGGCUGUAACAUCUGGAUGUAUAGACUCGGGAUAAAUCCGUGCUAUUUCUAACUGAAUCAUCAAAUGUUCUGAAGGUCAUUUCCGCUUUCACUCCUAGAAAUAACCAAAGCAGGUUGGGGUAUU